CACAAAAGAAGUGUCCAGCCCUGGUAGAAUUUGUUUAUAAUCGCUAGAGCUGUCCAAAUCCCAAUUAAAUGGACGAAAUCCUGUUUCCCACGCAGCAGAAGAGCAACUCCCUGAGCGACAGCGACGAUGUAGACCUGAAGUUCUUCCAAGCGGGCUCCGGUGAGCGAAAGGACAGCGAAACUUCGGAUCCGGGCAACGACGCGGAUCGCGAUGGCAAGGACGUGGACGGAGACAACAAAAACACGGACGGAGAUGGAGACUCCGGCGAACCAGCGCACAAGAAGCUGAAGACCAAGAAGGAACUGGAGGAGGAGGAGCGCGAACGAAUGCAAGUUCUCGUCUCCAACUUCACGGAGGAGCAACUGGAUCGCUACGAGAUGUACCGUCGCUCAGCUUUUCCCAAGGCCGCCGUGAAGCGUCUGAUGCAGACCAUUACCGGCUGCUCCGUGUCCCAGAACGUAGUGAUCGCCAUGUCCGGCAUCGCCAAGGUUUUCGUGGGCGAGGUGGUGGAGGAGGCCCUCGACGUGAUGGAGGCUCAGGGGGAAUCUGGUGCCCUGCAACCCAAAUUCAUUCGCGAGGCUGUGCGCCGGCUGAGGACCAAGGGUCGGAUGCCCAUUGGGCGCUACCAGCAGCCAUAUUUCAGACUGAACUAGCGAGUCGGGGAUUCUAGAUUGUAAGACUGUUUUAGUCAAUAACAAACAUACAUACAUAAA